AUGGACGACCUGGAGCAGCUCGAGAUCCUCUCGCUGGUGAGCAAGGUCACCAGCGAAAUCAACAAUUACAUGGGUAUCUCCGACAAAACCAUCGCCGAAUUCGUGAUUGCGGAGCACGCCAACAGUCCCGACAUCACCACCUUCACCGAGAAGCUCUCCGAGUUUGACUUCCCAAAGUCGCUCACCGAGAGCAUUGAUCGCCUGAUCAAGACUCUACACCCGAAAUGGAGAUCUACCAAUUCAGCAGAUGGGAAAGAUGCUGGAAAUGGAGACGACAAGUCGAAGAGCACGACAUUCAAAGGUCUGGCAAUACCAGACAAACCGGUGGAGGAUGACUUGGAUGACACCUUUGCGCUUCUCGAGUCCAUGGCGGGACCUGGUAAGACGUCGACGAGUCGUAAACGGAGUCUGUCGCCGGUGCAGAAGCCGGAGAAGGAACAGCGAAAGCGUUCGCGACGGUCACGAUCACGGUCACGAAGUCCACGACGAAAUGAUGAUUACCUGUUCGAGGACGAAUUCGGACGCACACGCUCGCAUCGACCUUCCCGCGAUUCGAAAGGAGACUCGCAACGAAAGACGAGACGAGACUCCUUCGACCGACCGCCGGCUCAAGAGAUGGACGAUGCCCCGGUGUUGUAUAAAGUCUACGACGGACGUGUAACUGGAGUGAAAGACUUCGGUAUCUUCGUGAAUCUGCAAAAUGUGCGCGGAAAGGUGGAUGGGUUGGUCCACGUCUCCGCAAUGGCAGAGGGCAAAGUGAAUCAUCCCAGCGACCUCGUAUCGCGGAAUCAAGAGGUCAAAGUCAAAGUGAUGAAGAUACAGGAUAAUCGCAUCAGUCUGAGUAUGGCAGAGGUAGAUCAAGUGAGUGGACAAGAUUUCAAUCCCUCGCGAAGGCUGCAGACUGGAGCCACCGGAGCGAAUGCUGUCGGUCUGAAUGGGUCGAAUGGGCUCGAGACUGGGGUGCCCGUGAUUGAGAAUAAUUCUGGGAAUAAUCGGCGACAGCGGAAACGAAUGACUAGUCCGGAGCGAUGGGAAAUUCGGCAAUUGAUUGCGUCGGGAGUGGUCAAGGCGGCGGACUACCCCGAUUUGGAUGAGGACUACAAUGCGGUCAUCAACGGCGAGCAGAUUGAGGAGGAAGAAGAUGUCGAUAUUGAGGUUCGAGAGGAAGAGCCGCCGUUUUUGGCGGGUCAAACGAAGCAGUCUCUGGAGCUUUCGCCGAUUCGUGUGAUCAAAGCUCCUGAUGGCAGUAUGAAUAGAGCUGCGAUGCAAGGAGACGUGCUGGCGAAGGAGAGAAGAGAUCUGCGUCAGUCGGAAGCGCAGGACAAGGCUGCGAAGGAAGCGGCGAAGACGGAUCUGGGCCAGGAGUGGAAUGAUCCCAUGGUUGCACCAGGAGAGCGACGAUUUGCAAGUGACCUACGGCAGGCGAAUCGAGGCAAUGCCAUGGGCAUCAACGACCUCCUCGGCUUCGACUUUAUGGACCCCCCUCCCACCAACACCAUGCUCACCGCUCUGGAGGAACUCUACGCCCUCUCCGCCCUCGACGACGAAGGUCUCCUCACCCGCUUAGGUCGCCGCAUGGCCGACUUCCCUAUGGACCCGGCGCUGGCGAAAUCCCUCAUCAUGUCCGUCGACCUCGGCUGCAGCGACGAAAUGCUCUCCAUCGUCUCCAUGAUCUCCGCCGUCCAAACCGUCUUCCACCGCCCCAAAGAAAAGCAACAACAAGCCGAUCAGAAAAAAGCUCGCUUCCACGACCCCGCGGGUGAUCACCUCACUCUUCUAAACGUCUACAACGGCUGGAAAGGCGCCGGUCGCAACGACGCAUGGUGUUUCGAAAACUUCAUCCAACCAAGAUCCAUGCGUCGGGCAGAAGACGUCCGCAAACAACUCGUGCAAAUCAUCGACCGUCAUCGUCUCAAAGUCGUCUCCUGCGGUCGGGACACCACCCGCGUGAGACAAGCGUUAUGUUCCGGUUUCUUCCGCAAUUCCGCGCGCAAAGAUCCUCAAGAAGGGUAUAAGACGCUCGUCGAGGGGACGCCGGUGUACAUGCAUCCCGCGUCGGCGCUGUUUGGCAAAGCGGCGGAACACGUCAUUUAUCAUUCGUUGGUGGAGACGACGCGGGAGUAUAUGCACAAUGUGACGGCGAUUGAGCCCAAGUGGUUGGUGGAGGCGGCGCCGACGUUCUUCAAGGUCGCGGGGAAGGAUGGGACGGGGAUGAGUAAGAGGAAGAAGGCGGAGAGGAUUCAGCCGUUGCAUAAUCGGUUUGCCGGGGAGGAUGAUUGGAGGUUGAGUUCGCAGAGGAAGGCGGGGAGGGGUGGUGGGGGGACUUGGGGUUGA